GGAGAGACAAUUUGCUAGCAUCAAAGUUCAGAUUUAAACCCUGCCUUUCACCCUACUUGAGCUCUUCAACACAUCCUUCCUGCUCAGUGGCUUGGAGCUUUCAAUGCACCAGAAUGAAGUUCCUCUUUGAUUUAUUUGCCCUCUCUCUCAUCGUAACAUCUGCAUUUUGUGAGAUCAAAGACUUCAGUGAGCAUUUUCGGAGCAUAAAAAAUGGUGAUCUCCAAGAAAAUGGAUCCCACGAUAUGCCUAAUCUUCCACUAGAGUUCCACAGGGAAAACACCAUUACCAAUGACCUGAUUGCUGAAGAAGAAGAAGAGGACGAUUACUUAGAUUUGGAGAAGAUACUGAACGAAGAUGACGACUACAGUGACAUAAUUGAUGCUGUCCCAUAUAAGAUUUCUGAAAUUCAGCAAGGGAAUAUUCUUGAACUGUUCCAAGGUAAAACCAGAAUCCAGCGUCUUAAUAUCCUCAAUGCAAACUUUGGCUUUGAUCUUUUUCGGAGUCUGACAGAUAGCACUAACGCUACAGACAACAUUCUGAUGGCUCCUGUUGGCAUUUCCACUGCAAUGGCAAUGAUUUCAUUGGGACUGAAGGGACAGACACAACAAGAAGUACUAUCAGUUUUAGGUUUUCGAGACUUCGUUAAUGCCAGCUCUAAGUACGAGAUCAUGACGAUUCACAACCUUUUCCGUAAACUAACUCAUCGGCUCUUCCGACGCAACUUUGGUUACACCCUGAGGUCAGUCAAUGAUCUGUAUAUUCAGAAGGACUUUUCUAUUCUGAAUGAUUUCAGAAACAAUAUGAAGAGUUACUACUUUGCAGAGGCUCAACUAACUGACUUCUCAGAUCCUGCCUACAUAACUAAAAUCAACGAGCGUAUUAUGAAGCUCACCAAAGGAUUAAUAAAGGAAGCUCUUGUGAACAUAAAUCCUGCAACACUGAUGAUGAUUCUCAACUGUCUUUAUUUUAAAGGAACCUGGGAAAACAAAUUUCCAGUGGAAAUGACACACAAACGAACGUUCCGCCUGAAUGAAAAAGAAACGGUCAAGGUUCCCAUGAUGCAGACGAAAGGGAACUUCCUGGCUGCUGCAGAUCCUGAACUAGACUGCUCUGUGCUCCAGCUGCCAUAUGUGGGGAACAUCAGCAUGCUGAUCGUGCUGCCGCACAAACUAACUGGCCUGAAGGCACUGGAGAAGCAACUGACCCCUCAGGCGGUGCAGAAAUGGCAAAAGAGUAUGACAAACAGAACGAGAGAGGUGAUUCUGCCUAAAUUUAAGCUGGAAAAGAGCUAUAACCUGAUUGGUUUUCUGAAAUCCAUGGGAAUACAAGAACUGUUUACUGAAACAGGCAACUAUUCUGGAAUAUCAGAUGAGAAAGUCACCAUUAACAUGUUCAACCACCAAGGCACAAUCACUGUGAAUGAGGAAGGCACAGAGGCUGUGGCUGUGACUACUGUGGGGUUCAUGCCCCUUUCCACUCAGAUUCGAUUCAUUGUUGACCGUCCUUUUCUGUUCCUCAUCUAUGAGCAUCGCACCAACUGCCUGCUGUUUAUGGGUAGAGUUGCUAACCCCAGCAAGUCUUGAGAAUGGAGAUGUGCUAUAUGGAUACUUACCCACAAGGCUGUGUGAUUAUGUUUUAGUAUAGCAAUAUUUGAAAGGAAAAAAAAAAUGUUUGGCACAUUACUGGUCCCAGAUGCUAUCAUUACAUGAGUUACUGCUAUCAGAAGAAAAUGCAGUACUGGUGGAGAUGGUCAUCAAAUGGACUUGUACCACUAGAUGAUUUGACAGCAAUUCUUAAAAGGUUAAUAUCAUGCAUUGAUAGAAUUAACUGUAUUGAAACUUCUAGGUAACUUACACUUUAUUCUACUUCAGUGUAUUAAAUGUAAUGAGAAAAUAAAACAUUUAGACCAAGUGAA